GCCCCCUCGGAUCACUCGUACAAGGCCUUGCCAUCCGUUCCUUGUUGCACUGCUUCCUAGAAGCACCUCUCAUCUUCCGUGGCCUACUGCUGCUUUUAUUCACCUUCGUCAGCUUGCUAUUGCGCCUAGUCUCGUGUUCUGAGACACUUUUGUGGUUUGGUUGGACGUGCGCUCCACUAUGGCCAACUCGGACGUUAUCUUUACGGGAGAGCAGACAGACG